ACCAUCUAAAAAGAAACUUGGAUCUGCGACACACGGAGCCCUCAGUCAAAUCUCCACAUUUCUUUACUCCCGUCACCACUUCUCAAGAACGUUUAGUUAGCAGUUAAUUAUGCGCCGCUAAGUUAAGCUCCCAAUGAAGCAGAAGCCACAGAGCCUCCAAGAACAGAGACAGCUCACACUCACUAGGAUACGCACAGCUCCAAGCCCCUCCUCGCAUUCUCUGGAGGCGUGCGCCGCGUGGGAGGAGAGCUUCCCAUUUUCCCCGCUGCCUCGGGAGACCCCGGUGUGUCCGGUUCUUGCUUACUCCGGAGGAGGAGGAGCGUUUCUUGCUUCGUGCAGUCUUCGCGCUUCCGGCCAUUUCUUCUCCGUGUCCGUGGAGCGUGAGGGAGGAGGAAGAAGGAGUGCUCUUCUCUGGGGACCAGCAAGAUUUAAGCUUUGAUCACCCGGACUAUAACUGGUCAGAUGCUUGACCGCAACAGCAUGUCGCCCAGGAGAUUACAGGCUGUGGUGAUGUUGUUAAUGCUCAUGAUUUUCAACGCUUCAGGAGCAUUUGUUGGUAUCAACAUUGGCACUCAGGUGUCAAACAUGCCAUCACCAUCAGACAUAGUCUCUAUCCUUAAAGCAAAGAAGAUUCAACACGUUCGCUUGGUUAAUUCAGACCAUCAGAUGCUAGUUGCCCUUGCCAAUACUGGAAUUGAAGUGAUGGUUGGGGUGCCAAAUGAUCAGCUGCUCCGUGUGGGGCAGUCUCGUCCAACAGCUGCUGAUUGGAUUAACAAGAAUGUUGCUGCUUACCUUCCGGCAACUAACAUUACAUAUAUUGCAGUGGGUGAUGAGGUUCUUACUGCUAUCCCAAAUGCAGCCCUUGUUCUAGUACCUGCAUUGCAAUUCCUCCAGUCGGCACUUUUGGCUGCAAACCUCAAUACCCAGGUGAAACUUUCGAGCCCCCAUUCAAUGGAUAUGAUCACAAAGGCUUUUCCCCCCUCUACUGCCACUUUCAACUCGACAUGGAGCUCAGUUAUGUCCCAGUAUCUUCAGUUUCUGAAGUCUUCAGGGUCUGCAUUCAUGCUGAAUGCUCAACCGUAUUAUGGCUAUGUGAAAGGGCAAGGCAUUUUCCCUUUAGAGUAUGCCCUGUUCCGAUCACUCAAUCCCAACAGUCAGAUUGCAGAUCCCAACACUAACUUGUUCUACACCAAUAUGUUUGAUGCUAUGGUUGAUGCUACAUACAGCUCAAUGAAAGCAAUGAAUUUUACCGACAUUCCUGUUAUGGUCACAGCUUCUGGUUGGCCGUCGCAUGGUGGGAGAAACGAGCCUGCUGCUGAUGUUGAUAAUGCAUUGGCCUACAAUAGCAAUCUCAUACGCCAUGUACUAAAUAAUUCUGGUACACCUAGCCAGCCAAAUAAUCAAGUAAGCACAUACCUGUUUGAGUUGUUCAACGAGGAUCUUCGGACAGGACCUGAUUCAGAAAAAAACUGGGGGAUUAUGUUCAUCAAUGCAAGCGCUGUCUACUCCUUGACAUUUGAAGAUGUUGCUACAACCACUACAGAUUCACCUGCUUUACGCGGGAUGUUUUGUGUGGCAAAUUCAAGUGCACCCCACAGUGCAUUAAAACAAAGCUUGGAUUGGGCAUGUGGCCCUGGCUCCGCAAACUGCAGUGCAAUUCAACCUGGACAGCCAUGCUAUAAACCAGAUGAUAUUGUAGCUGUUGCUUCUUAUGCCUUCAACGAUUAUUAUCAUAGAACACAAGCAAGUGGCGGUACAUGCAACUUUAAUAGCACAGCAUCAAUGUCGUCUACUGAUCCAAGCCAUGGCACAUGUAUUUUUGCAGGAAGCACCGGUGCCAAUGGCAGUGCGGCUUCUGGACCUGUGAGCCAAGAGAGCUUUGCUUCACACUAUCAGUCUUGCUGGUGGACUCACCUAGUCGUCGCCUUGCUGCCCGUUGUACUUCUCCUUUCCGUUUGUGCAGUCAUGUCCUCUUCAUCCUCUUUCCCCACCUCUCGCUUCCCCUUCGCCGCCGGUGGCUCCGGCGCCGGAGGCCCGGGCGGCGGCGGCGGCGGAGGCGGCGGGGGGAGCAGCGUGCGGCCGUGGGGAUCUAGCGGAGGGACGUCGGUCUCUUCGUCGGGAAAGCGGAUACAGAAGGAGCUGCUUGACCUCAACGCUUCCGACUGCUCCGCCGGUCCCAAGGGCGACAACCUCUACCACUGGCUCUCCACCAUCAUCGGACCCCAAGGAUCGCCUUAUGAAGGAGGGAUAUUUUUCCUUGAUAUCAUUUUUCCACUUGACUACCCGUUCAAACCUCCUAUGGUCACUUUCAAAACAAGGAUUUACCACUGCAAUGUUGAUUCCACUGGGAUGGUGAGUUUGGAGAUUUUGAAGGAUGGCUGGAGUCCAGCGUUAACUAUUUCAAAGGUGCUACUGGCGAUCAAAGCCAUCAUCACAAAUCCAAAUCCAUACAACCCACUUGUGGAGAGCAUUGCACGUUUGUAUUUGACUGACAGAACUAAGCAUGAUGAAAUAGCUGCUGAAUGGACAAUGAGGUUUGCAAGAUAGGUAGUCAUGUCUGCAACCAACAAGAUGAGUGACUCUGUAAAGGAAUAAUCUCUUAUGUAACCUGAGAUGUAGAACGCUGUAAAAGGACCAAUACACUGUUUAUUCUGAGUUGUGACAUAUAGAUGUGUUUUACAACAUUAUUUUAAUGUUAGCUAUUACGUG